UGGAAUCAGUCAAGAAUUCACUUCGAGCUUGCUCCAUCGCCAUCGCACUCUUUUGACGUUCGUAUCGAGCAAAGCGUUUAUGUAUUGCCUCCACCGGGCGGGGAAGGGAGGGGAGGAAGGGGGGUGGGGGGAGGGGCGGAAGUAGGUUGGAUCCUUCUAUAG